AAAAACUGCUGGAGCCAGAACACCUGGCGGCGCUUCUAGGUGGGGUGGCAUGUGGCCCUUGCUGGAAAACCAUGGCCUAUCCUCUCUAUUCGUACGUAUUUUGCCGUCUUUCGCGAAACAAAUUUCCUCAGCUGACGCACCGGAAACAAAAAUCAGUGUUAUGAACAUGGAGGCCUUACCCUUAAUACUAGUCCUCUGUGUAUCUCGUGUACUGUUCUCUCCGCUUCAAAGCUUGUUAGAAUCUACUGCGAGAACAAAAAGCAGCAAUGCAUUUGCCAAUGACAUGUCCAUAACAAUGAUUUUCGUGCGAUGGACCAAAAAAUAAAUCAGUGUUAUCGACAUGGAGGUGAUUGUACUAAGCGUAAGGUGUAUAUUCAUUGGUAGACGUUCAUUCUCACGUUGCGUCUUGUGUCUUCUCUUCUGAGGGCGCAGAGCAUCGCAUAGUCUAGGUGCUGGCAUGCUAGCCAGUGAUAGACUUCAUGGAAUCGAAUGGAAGACUGCUGUGAAAGUUGUUAGAAUCAAGUACGAGCAGGAGUAGAUAGAGCACCACUUUCACUAUACUUUGCAGAAUACUUCACUAUUUGAUGAGACACACGACUGAUGGCGUUUGCAGGUCCACUAAAAACCACCUUGGCAGCAGUAUGAGAGCUGCAGGUUCCGGGAACGCUUCGACUACUUUCGAUGAAGAAGAUGAUAAUUUCUCAGCGGUCAUUCCUCCGCCUUGUGAAAUGGGUGCGCCAACCUUGCAAACAAUACGCGAGGCAGCUUAUAUGCGACAAACGAAUCAGGUUAAUAAUCUUAAGGCUUCAUGAUCUCGUCUAGUCAAGGGAAGUAAAAUUACACAUCUUCUGAUGUAGAAUGGUAAUGUGAUAGGAAUUGGACUAAUAAUAUCAUAUGACUAACAAAGCAUGGAUUCAUCACAUUAUCUGAAUUUGUGACUACAAUCUCCUUGCCAAGAAGAGGAGUGAUGUAAUUACUUACACCUAAAGUUAGAUAUUGCGUAAAGGUUGAACCUUAAUAUCAUUUAAAACAGCUCUUCUUCUGGUUCUCUGAUCUUGGCCCUCUUCGUUCUCCACUAAGGGUUGGCGUGGUUUGGUAGAAAAACGCGUGAAAGGGCAUGCCAGUGCCGAAG